GGCUACUCAAAAUCCCAUAGUUCUUUCUCUCUUAGCCAACAUCCAAAAUGGUGAAGGUCAAAGCUCACGAACUUCGAGGGAAGAAAAAAGAAGAUCUUUUAAGGCAGCUCGAUGAGCUGAAGAAUGAGUUGGCCUCCUUAGAAGUCGCCAAGGUUACUGGAGGGGCUGCAUCCAAGCUGUCCAAAAUAAAACUUGUUCGCAAAUCCAUUGCUCGAGUUUUGACUGUUAUCAGCCAGACUCAGCGUGAAAACCUGCGCAAGUUCUACAAAUCCAAGAAGUUUAAACCUCUUGAUCUCAGACCCAAGAAGACGCGUGCCAUGAGACGUGCUUUUACUAAGCAUGAGGCAUCCCUUAAGACCAAGAAGCAGCAGAAGAAACUCGCACACUUCUCAUUGAGAAAAUAUGCUGUAAAGGAGUAACUUUCUGCUUUUCAAUAAAUGCCAUGUAUAAAUAACAAGAAA